AGCAGUGCGACAUCUAGCUGCAGGACCGAGAAAGACGCGGAAUACCGAGAGAGAUUCCAUCGUGAUGAUAAGGUCUCGCGUGCCAAGAAAUAAAAAAAACAAGUACUAGAUGUUGACGUUUUUCAAAUUGCGUAUACCCAUCAUGUCUCCGACGAAGAAUUAAUCUACUUACUGUCUUCAUGGAAAACAUAACCGAACAUAACUUACCAUCCUCAACAUUUAUUUCCUGUUCCGUGUUGUGAUGGCAAUUGUUAUUGUCACGGCGCGUAAUACAGUAUAGUUUGGUUGGUGUAGGUAAAAAUGGCUAGUGAAGAGCAACUUUUUGAAGCAUUGAAAGAGUCCUUAGAAAAAAGUGGGCAAUUAGGAAGAAUGAAAGGAGAAAUAAGAGCAGAAAUUUUUAACGCCUUGCACAGAGGUGGCGUAAAACCACAGAUGCCGAAAGCAACGUUGGCUGUUAAUGAAUUAAUACGGGAAUACUUGGAUUGGAGUGGGUAUCAUUACAGUUCAGCAGUAUUAGUGGCAGAAAGUGGCCUUCCAGAUCAACCAAUCGGACGACCUGCUUUGAUGGAGGAUUUAGGAGUCAUUGAUACUGAGGAAACAAAACAAUUUAAUGAUUUAGAUAUACAGUCAGGUUAUGACUUCAAUGAAAGUUCAGAACAACUUUAUGACCGAAAGUACAAAAAUGUCCUAUAUCAGUCCUCCACAAAACCACAGAUAUCUUCAGGCAUGCCUCAGAUAGAGUCGUCAACUGCAGAUGAAAAUAAUGUAGGACGAGGAAAAGGUGAUGAUGUAUUGAAAGUGCUAACAGACAAUGUUAGCAUGGAUGAAUUUAUGGCAAAUGUGGCAUCACAGACAGGGGAUGGAGGUUGCACUUUCAAGGAUGUAUUGUGUGAUGAAUUAAGUAUUUUCAAUGCCUUUGUAAAAAAUGUGUUUGACAAUCAGCAUGAAGACAUAUCACACUUGCUUGACCAAGAAGAAAUCUCGCUUCGAGAGAGAUAUGAACAGUGGACAAGAAUGAUUAAAAAUCGUUCUAACAGAGUGAAGAACUUUCUGAAGGAAAUCCUGCCAAAUUGCUCAUGGGAAGAUUACAAACGGAAAUAUGGUUCUCAAAUAAGGAUGCAAACUUGGGGGAGUAGUGACUGUGGACCUGAAGGAGAUUUCAAUGCAUGGCGCCAGGAAAGUUUUCUAAAAUUACUUUUCUUAGAAGAUGAAGCUAAAAAACUUCAAACCGAGAACGACGAGAUGCUAAAAGCAGUCGAAGAUUUACGAUGUUCUAAAUAUAUGAACCAUACUCGGCGAGCAAAAGCCGGUAAACUAUUGCAUCAGAAUAAUCUUCGUCUUGAGAAGAAAUUGAAACAACUCAGAGAGGACACAUCUGCCAUCUUGCCCUGGCUACCACGGACUGACCGUGCCUGCCACCGCAAUGACCCACAAGCUAUACGACAAGCAUACAUAGGCUGCUCUGUGCCGUUUGUUCCAGGGAAGUCUGAAACGGAGCUCGUCGCCCGAGAAGAGUCGCGGUCGCUGGGCGCCCCGACGUCUUCCCUUCUGGAAGGCCUGCAACCUGUGGGGAGCGCGCACAGCGAAGCGAGCGACGAGAACAGCGGCUCCUUUGUCGUUCCCCGCCCUCUGCCCAGGUGCGGCGCGUACUUCUACAUGGAGAUAUUCCCCAGGCAAUAGGCACAUUGUAUUUUACGGACUUCUUUUUAAACCUUUGCUAAUAAACCGUUUCUGUUUUAUUGACAAGCGUUUCUUUCAAACAAGACGUGAUUGGUUGCAGUAUUUUCAGCCACUUAUUCGUAAGAAAUUAGAGCUCUCUACGUUAAAAAACAACAAGGAAAAACAAACAAAAAA